AUGAGCUCCCAUAGUGGCCAUUCGUCCGAGGAUGGAGAGCCGCUUACGACCCUUGGUGACUUGGUUGAUGAAGCACCGAACACGGUGGAGACGGUACAGCCUCAGAGGCGGAGCGGUGCUUCGUCUCCGCCCGCACCAGUUUACACCAGCCCGCCAAUGCCAAUCCCAUCAAUAUCUCCUGGCUCCUUCUCUAUCCACCACGAGAGCGAACACCUCGAACUUCUCCCUCAGUCAUGCUCACCUUCCGCGUCCAUCGCUGUUCGUAGCGUGAGCAGCACAGGGACGCCACGACUGUCAUGGUUGGAGGGCGAACAGCGCACAGCUCACUCUAUUGGUCUCUCAGGCGAGCAAGACACCAACCUGCUGGCUUCCUUACGCUCGAUUAUUGUCAAUGAACACAACGGGGUAGAUAACGGCGUCAUCCAGGUGUUUCCGGGCGACCCGGGAUGCGGCGAGCCACCAAUUCAUUUUAACAUGGUUCUCGAUGCUCUUCCCGAACCAGAUCGAGCUGCUAGACGAGACGUAUCAGAUUCUAUCGAAGAGCUGGUGGGAGAACACGGUCCGCGCCUAGUAUCACUCUUCUUCAAAUACGUUCAUCCGAUGACCUACGUGGUGUCCAAGAGCCGCUUCCUUCGCGCAUACUAUAGCGAUGCCAUAUCCGUGCCAGCAUCUCUACGGGGUGUCAUAUACGCCCUAGGCGCAAAUUCGUGGAAGCGUGACCCUCAAUGCGCCAGCCUAUCGCCGCCGAGCUCAUACACUCUGUUCCAGAGGGCACAUUGGGCACUUCACACCGAGACGCACGCACCCAACAAAUGGACGCUCCAGGCAGCACUUCUCCUGAUUCAUGAGCGACCAGGAGACAAUUUCACCAUGGAGACGCCGAGGACGUGGAUAGUGGCUUCGAAAGCGACAGCUAUAGCACAGAUGCUGGGGCUUCAUCGCGACCCUAGGCUUUGGAAGAUUGCGCCCCUGGAGAAGAGUGUGAGACGAAAGCUAUGGUGGGCGGCAUACAUGGCCGACGUGUGGGCUUCUCUUUACCACGGAAACCCUCCUCACAUAGCCAAGGACUCAUUCACGACAUCGCCAAUACAGAUCGAAGAAGUUCUCCUGGAUGAGGACGUUAAUGGCGAUUCUCUAAACUUUCUCGAGUCCUCGUUUGUCUCGAGUGAUGUCACAGCGAGUGCUCGAUUUGUGGAAUCCGUCAAACUCAGUCGAAUUCUACGAGAGUUGCUCGAUUCAUUCUACUCUGAUCAGGCAUACAAAACGACCAUCACAGACACAAAGACGAGGGAAUCAAAGCUGUUUGACAUUGAGAAACAGCUUGAGAGCUGGAUGCUGCUACGUGCCAGCUGCGUUGGCAUCAUGCAGUCGGAUGAUCCACAAGAUUAUACCACAAAUGCCCCUCUGCAUCUAAGUUACUAUGCCGUCAAGACACUACAUCUUCGUGCUCUUAUGUGGCCAAGUCACAUGGCUGCAAAGACUGACCCGAAAUCAGCGCUGCGGCGAUACUACGAUAAAGCCCUACGAGAAUUCAGCCCAUUCGUCGAUUUUCUUGAUAGAAUCGAUUCGCGUUCAUUGAACUCGUUUUGGGGAGAUCGUGAGUACCCGCCAGUUGCGUCUUGCGCUUCUGCCUUGACAUCAUAUGCGCGAUCCCAACUUGUCCUAUGCGGUAACUUCUUGGUUUUUCUGUUUCUCAUGGCCCCUACAUCAGACAAGGUCCAAGAGACAUUCCGACUACUCGAAGGGGUUCAUUCAGCGUUGAAGCGAUGUCGAGAUAUGGCAGAGAACGAAGAGGCCGUGGCCUUGCUCCGGCCUGUACUAUUGCGUGUGGAAACCCUUUUCACACAAGCUGCGCGAAUAAUGGACACAAGAGACGAAGUGCCAAUAUGA